AUGUCUUCCAAAGAAAUUGAAAAUUUGGAUGAAGAAGUCAAGGAGCUCUUACAAAACUAUAAAUACAAGAAAGCUACAAUUUAUGAGCCUUGUACACAUCAAAAUUUCAAAGAAUGUUUGAUUGGUUUAAGUGAGGAACUGAGUUUAUUGAAUAUUACUUAUACCUUUAAUCCACAUACUGAUGUUGAAAACGAUACUUUACGUCCAGAGGCCUUAGUUCUAUUUAUCAAUUCUGUAUGGACGCUUCUACAUUAUCAUAAGAAUACAAUAGAAAAGGUCGACCGAUUAAUGGAGCAUAACCAUAUCCUUGAACACAAUAAUAAACAACUCACUUUCACAGCAGGCAAACUAAAAGAUAAAUUGAAUACAGAAAAAAAUGAAUCCAGAGCAUGUGUUGCAUCUGCACAAAGAGUGUCGGACCAAUCAAAUGAGGUGUACCAAAAACUGUUAGAUGCUAAAAAUAAAUUGAAGCAGAUCACAAAACAAAAAGAAACAAAUGAAAAGAUAUACCAGAAUAAAAUAUCACGACUGAAGAUUGAAAAUGAGAAAUUAUUAAACUCACACAGGAAUAAAUCUGACAGCUACUCUUCUUGCACUGAUGUGUGCGACUCAACUUUAAUGCAGCUGAAGGAUCGGGAAAGAAAACAAAGAGCUUUAAUAGCUAAGCUUCAAGCUAACAACCAGGAAAUGUUGAGAGAAGUAUUGGCUCUAAAGGAAGAACUCAUACUCGAAGGAAUUAACAGUGUGGCUAUCAAAAAGUAA